UUACAAAGGGUUUAAUCGAAGUUUUCACAAAGGGUUGAAUCUCUCCGAUUAGAAACCCUACUCCUCACGCCCGUCGCCGUCGCCGGCACCGGUGGCCGUUCGCCGUCCCCUCAUCGCCGGACCUUGGGCUGUUGAGGUAGCAGUACAACCAUGGUGGAAAAGCUGCUGCAAAGAGAGAAGAAUCGGGCACUGAUAAAUGAUUUCGGGAAGGAAUCAAAAUAGGUCUCAGUGAUUGGAUCUCUAUAGGAAGCCAUUUGCCAACAUUGAGAGGCAGGAGGUCUAAUUGGUUCACGCUAAGGACCAAAUUCUCCAGCUUAAGCGCAGGGGAUUCCAGGUUUGGUGCUAUUAUUCAGAAUUUUGACCUUAUCAACCUCUGGAGCACUUUGCCUAACCUUAGUGACAUACAAGGCAGCCCUGUUUCUUUGUAAAUCAGUAUAAUUUCCGAAAGAGCCUUGUUAUUCAAAAAGUUGAAUGAUACAAAGACUGGAAGCAUAAUGCUCCUUAAUGCUGCAAAUUUUUCAUCAUCGAUUCUCUUUUGGAGAUCCAAGGUGUUCUUGUUUCUCUUAUGGGGCAUUGUUUCUCUCAAGGUGGAUAGUUUUGUUCUGCAGAAUGAUGUUAAACGUAGUCAUCCAAACAUUGUUAUUGAAUUGCCAUGCUCCCAAAAGUAUCUCACUGGCUAUUUCUAUGAAAAACAUGGGCAAAUCCUUGAAUCUGAUUUUCAUGGUUUAGCUCAAGAGGUUGGUUCAGAUGAACUGUCUAGAAGUCUAGUUCAUAGUUUGAAGGAUGUGUUUGGAUUCUCGGAGCUGAACCGGCACCUGAUUGGUGAAGGUUCUCAUAGAAGUCUUGUCACCAAUUUCAAGUUAAAUAUCAAGCCAAAUGACAUGUCAUGGUUGAACAAUCAUUACUGUCAAGUAGUUGUUAUUGAACGACUCCCGAUUGGGGUCUUUGCGGACCCAUUUGAGCUUCAGCAUCUUGUUGAGCAUCAAGUUUUCCUUGAUGUUGCUGUUAUUGGAGACACCAAUUUGGAACUUCCCUCCGCACUUUCGAAUAAGUCUGUUGUUGAGGUCCACAUGAACACUACGCAUAAUGUUCUAUCAAGACAAAGUGAGAUCACUGUGGAACUACCAUUACAUGCUAGGUAUCCGCCCCUUGAUGUUGCCGGUUACUCCAAGAUUGAAUUCAAUCAACCAGAUUUACUAAUGCGAUGCAAAUCUCAAGUUACCCAGCGUGAUUUUUGUUCAUGGAUACUUACCGGUUGGAGCGAUGACACUCAUAAAAACGGCAUUUUUUGGUUGGUACCAUGUGGAAACAUGGAACACACAACUCUUGUAUCCAGCAUUACUUUCAUUUCGGCACUAGUAUCUGCUCUUUUGAUUGUUCUCUCGGUUAUAUGCCGCUCCACCAAUGAAGAUAUGAAAAACUCCUAGUUACAUUUCACUUCAUAAUUUGGUGUGUACUUUUACAGUGGAAGCUACAAGUUUAGCAAUGUAUUUGAUUCUAAUUCUUAUUUCAUUUUAAUCUAAUUUAAGUACGUUAAAUAAU